CUAGUUUACAAGAACAUAAGAGUAGCAUUUUAGGAUACAAUUCUAGGCUGUGCAGAUUUUCCUUUUAGCAUGACUUCUCAAGCUAGGCACAAAAACUCUCAAUUCUUCACAAACACAAGUUUUCAGCUUAUUAUACAAUACUUAAAAAGCUAUUAAAUAUUGAAUAUGCAGAUCACAAAAGCACAAACUUAGUUUAUGUUGGUGUUUGAAAUUACUCUGAAAAGGCACUAAAAAUUUAUUGCUAUACUAUGUAUAGACGUCAUAGAUACCUUGGGAAACAAUGCUCGGCAAGAAGCGCACCACGUGCCAUAAAAUUCAACAAUGACUAAUCUAUCUCCAGCUUCACUCAAGGCACUUAAAAAUUCUGGUGUAGAAUGAAUAUCGACCAUAUUUGGUCCAGCAUUUCUCUCCCACCAUUUUGGCUGGUCUGUCUCGGCAAUAGUUGCAUGUACCUGAAACCAAAAACUUUAAUCAACUUAGCAUCCAAAUAGAUCCAUAUAUGGGGAGCGAAGGAUGUUCCAGCAAAGCAUUCAAUCACAUACUAAGUGGAAUCCAUUCAGCCUACAAAUAGGGACUCGUUAGAAAACAAAUUUCCAACAUACAUCGAGUAUCGGUAAUUGAGAAUCAAGAACAAAUUAAUCGGCCUUGACUAAUCGAUUUAAGUAGAUGAUUCAUAUAUAGUUGGAUGAACUAACAGACUCAUUCUACAGAAUUGUAACCAUGAAAAGUCCAAGUUUAUAUAAGAUGCAUUAUCUUACUGAAAGCAUUAAUGGCAGAAAGAAAUUGGCUUUCAAACCCAACAUGCGUGCACUAUUCGAGCACAUUCUACGGGAAGGUAAUGCCUCAUAACCAAUUCAGAAAGCACAAAAACUGACUUCAGUAUUUAGCUUGGAAUACAUAACGAGCAAGUGGUCCUACAGGUACUGCCGUUUACUGUGUAUGCUAUGGCCUCCACUCUUGAAUUAGAUUAAGCGUUGGCCAGUAGAACGUCAGAGCCAGACAUUGUCCAUGGCCUGAAGUAGCCCCAACAUUGAUCCAAAAUAAUGGGGAGUAAAGCAUAGCUGAACAACCACCCACUUCAGAACCCCAAAAAAGCUCAAACGUACAUUGUGUUAUUAUAACUAACCCAGAGGAUUACAGAUUAUGCAAGUAAGAAACAAAAUUGCUAUCAACUAUCAAGUGAUUCACUUAAUUUCUACAAGGUAGCCAUCUACAGUUUCACAGUAACAAAUUACCGGUGCUGAAUUCCCAUACCAAAAGAAACCCCAAGCACAAGGAGGAAAAGCAGGCACCAAACUCCUAAUCAUGGCAUGCCAAUGACUAAGAACUCAAUUCCAACAAAAGGGAAAUCCUAAACAUCUGAACCCCCAUUAGAGCACCACUGGUUACAAUGAAAACCCCCAUAACUGGGAAGCUAAAAGAUCGUACCUUUAAGGAAUUGAAUUGCUUCCUUGGAGCAGGAACGAAGGCAGAAACGCCAGCAGAAGAGACGAACAAAACGGGGGAAGCCCUCUUAUCCGAACAUGAGCCAGCGGGCGAAAUAGAGGGCUGGGAAGAGGAAUUCAAGGCGGAAACAGAGGCGGUGGUGAGCAGGGAGGAAGAAAACCGAAAAGAUGGCGACCAGAUAGCAUCUGCCAUUUACCAGAAUCCCAGGGAGAAAGAGGAUAAAGAAAGCCCACGGAGUAGCAAAAAGAAAAAUCACGAAGCUCAGAACAUGAAUUUUCAAUAGGACCGGAAGGAAGCCAUGGAAGCCGAGCCGAUAGAAAGAUACCAAGAUUGUUUUUGCUCAAGUGGCGGGCGAAAGACGAGAACAGAGAGGAUAGGGGAGGGAGAAGUAUCAGAUGAAGGUCUGUUGCUAUCGCUGUGUGUAUCCUCUUCUGCCCACUGGGCAGCAGUGUAAUUGUUUUGAGUGAACCAGAAUCUGCCAAAAAAAAGCAACUGCCCUUUCUUUUCCCAAUUGGAAAGAAAGAGAAAUCACAUGGAAAAUUGGGGUGAGGAGAGUAUUUUGGUAGUUGGCUAGGCGACUUGGCCCUGCCGGUUACGGUUGCCUUUGUCGCUUCUUAAGUGCUCGAUAAGAAAAUAUAAACGCUUAG